UGCUGCUCACCAUCCAUCUCUCAUCUCUCAUCAUCAUCACUCGUUCUCUCGUCCUCGCCAUGCUCCAUCUCCUCGCCUCGCUACAGCGCAGGGCUGUCCUCAUCGCCCUCCUAGCAACUUUCAGCCUCAUCCUCAUCACCAUCUCCCACACCCACGAAUCCCUCCCAGACGUCCCAUUCCUCCCAAAAUGGCAGAAGGAGUUGCCGACCGUCCGCGCCGGACGCACAGUCUUGUACGAGAGCGCUGUCCACGACGAGGUUACUGGCGCAUUGGGGCAUUCGUUGAGUCAGAUCAACGUCGAGAUGACUUUUGCCAGUGAGUCGGGGUUGCCACUACUACGCGCGGUGAAGACAGGCGGAGAGGUAGACACGUUUGUUGCGGAACUUUGCCCAUGCUCCUACAAGUGCAACACCCCUACACCAUGUACACCCCCACAGGCGUGUAUAUCAUUGCUGUCGAGCUCGUCUAUUCGAUACCUUCGUACACUCUCGACACCAACAACACCACUGUCGCCCUCCUCUUUUGCGAUUACGACUCCUCUCUUCUCCCCCCACCUCCCCGAUAAGCUUCACAACAGUAACACCUAACACACGCAGCUCGCUUCCGCUUCAAGUUUGACCAAGUCUUGCGUGACAUUCUCCCCUACGAGCCAGAAAUCGUCUCCCAAAACCACGCCGAAAAAGUGCGCGAGUGGCUGCAAAAGGACGAGAUUGACAAUCUCAUCCUCACGACAUGUGAGUGGCGCAGACUCAGCUCCGUUGCUUGUCGACGACGCGCGUCUGACCACAGGCACCGACGGCCUCAAGCACUUCAACGAGGAUAU